AUGAAUUUGUUAAGACUUUUUUUCUGGUUAUCAUUAAUUUUUAUUGGUGCAAACAAGUUAUUUUAUACUUGGCUUCCUACCAAUUACAUAUUUGACCCUAAAACUUUAAAUCAAAUCUGUAAUUCGGUUAUUGAAAACCACAAUGAAACGACCAAUCCCGAAGCUCUAUUGAACGACGUUCGUGAUAGAUUGGUUGAACAUUAUGGCGAACAAUAUAUCAAUAAAUUUGUUAAAGAAGAAUGGUUUUUUAAUAAUGCUGGUGGUGCAAUGGGUCAAAUGAUUAUUUUGCAUGCUUCAAUUAGUGAAUAUUUGAUUUUCUUUGGCACCAGUGUUGGUACUGAAGGUCAUACUGGUGUUCAUUUCGCCGAUGAUUAUUUUACAAUCUUGGCAGGUGAACAAACUGCUACGUUACCUUAUGAGUUGACAAAGGAAGUUUAUAAACCUGGGAUGACUCAUCACUUACAUAAGGGUUAUUCCAAACAAUAUAGUAUGCCUAGUGGAUCAUUUGCUUUGGAAUUAGCUCAAGGCUGGAUUCCAGCUAUGUUGCCUUUUGGGUUUUUAGAUACCUUUAGCAGUACGCUGGAUUUCCAUAACUUAUACAGAACAGUUUAUUUAACUGCCAGAGAUAUGGCUAAGAAUUUGAUUAUAAAUAGAAAGUUUUAG